AUGAACGUUCCUUGUAGAUCGAAACUACCUAGCAAACUGUCGUCCUCGGGUCAUCACCACACCGGCCGUGGUGUGUCACCAUCGAUAAAUGUCACUUCGAGUGGAUCAGGGACGAAUUAUGCGAUACCGUCGUCAGCAUCAUCGAACUCAACACAUCAAUAUCUCUCUGCGAAGCGAUGCCAAAGUGCUCAGUCGUCCUUAUCGUCAUCAGCAGCCGAUCUACGAGAAUUGACAACGACACUCCAAGAACUAAACAGCCAUUUUAAGAAAAAUGUGAAACUUUUAGGAGAAAUUAAAGACAACAUUGUUAAAGUUUACGAAAAACAAGAAGCACGACCAGUGGAUGAUACUUCUGGCGUACACAAACUAGAACGCGUAACCGUGGAAUUGCGAGUAGUGUUCUUGAAGAUCGGUGAAAUCGAUACGUUGAAAGAACAGUUUCAAGCAGAAGCUUUCAUCCAAGCGCGUUGGCAUGAGCCGACAUUGAAAGGAACGGACAUCGACUGCUUUGAUGCGAACAAGUUUUGGAAUCCACUGUUAUAUAUCGACAAUUCUGUUGGAGAUAUAAAAAAUGAUGUUUGGCAUAAAGUUGUCUAUGAUGGCAUUGACAUACCAAUGAUUUACGAAAUGCGAAAAGUCAAAGGCGUCUUUCUAGAAAAUUUAGAAUUGAAUGAUUUUCCAGUUGAUGUUCAAGAUUUAACAAUUACAGUAUCGACGACAAGAACAGUCAAUGAAGUGUUGCUCACUACAGAUACCCAGCAAUUGAGUGCGAUUAAUACACAUGCCUUUAUUGAUCAGCAAGAAUGGCGUUUACAUGAGCAUGUGGAGACGUCGACAAAGUUAUUGUCGAGUCCGUUUACACCAUCACAAAAUCAGCAUCCAGCAUUUUCGGCAACCUGUCAUGCUGCCCGUCGACCCGGUUAUUUUUAUUGGAACGUUUAUUUUCUAAUCUUUUUUAUAACAGUAAUGGCAUUUGCCACGUUCAGUGUCACAUAUAAUCUUCCACAAAAUCGUCUUCAAUUGAGUUUCACACUUCUACUAACUGCAGUUACUUUCAAAUGGGUGGUUGUUCGAUGUUUACCAACGAUAUCGUAUUUGACAACCUUAGAUAAAUAUGUUCUCUUGUCGAUGGUCAUGUUAUGUGUCGUGUGCGCAUGGCAUGCCAUCAUCGCUGUAUGUCCAGUCGAUGUCGCCCAACAUUGGGAUAAUGUGGCAUUGUCAUCUUUAGCAAUAAUUUAUACUGUAUUUCAUGCUGUAUUCUUUCUCUGGAUGUAUUUUGUGACAUACCGACGACGACGAGUAAUGAAACGUAAAGACAAGGAAUAUUCAAAAAUUCGUAUGGAACGUUUGAAUUCGUUCGGACAUCAUACUGGUGACGAAUCCGAUGCUUAUGUUGGCUCAGCAGCUACAACCGUAGUACGUAAAACAAUUCCAACUGGAAAGAAUGCGCAACGUAUGUCAAUUGCGUCUGAAGAAACGAAUCGAUUGAAUCCAACGGACAGAAAUCAUAAGAUUCUAACAAAUAAACAUACAUUAGAAGAACAACAACACCGAGUAUCGAUGAGACAACCAUCGGGAAUUAAUAGCUCACAUACUUUACCAAAUAAUCAUACAGGCCAACAACUUCUAUUAACUUCUGGUGAUAUUGAAGCAAUGACUAUGAAACAAUUUCGUAUUGGUUCACUUGGAUGUUGA